AUGGCUGAUCAGUAUCUCCAGAAUUCUUACUCCUCCGAGGGACUCACUCAUAGUACUCCUUCAGUGGGAGCUGAUUCUGUCUUGGAACAGCAUCAUCCAGGCGAUUCUGUGUUACCAAGUCUGCGCCGACGCAGGGCGAUUGCUCCCCCGUCUCUCAAUCUCGAGGCAAAAACGUUUGAUCAAACGGCGACCUCGUUCGCUCUGCUGACAGAUUCUUCAACUCGCUUCCAACUACCCAAAAUCUCUUCGGCGGGCCUCACAGAGCAGAUCAGAGCUGAAACAGAGGAAAGCCUAUUAGAGAGCGAAUUUGAUACCGAAAGUUGCUCUGAGGCUGCUCGUGACUCUGGUGCCCUUCUUUCUGAUCUGCUUGACCGUCUUGAAGAAGCAGCGGCCAGAUCGCCCGAACCUCGCUCUCAGGCCUCCGUCGCAUUCGCAGCAGAGCGCUACGCCCAAAGUGACUUCAACACCGAUCCUGCAGCCGAGGACAAGAGAUUGGACUUUCUGCAAGCCUUACAGCCUUGGCCGGGAUCUACUGAAGAAAAUCCAGUAUCAGGCGUGGAAACGACAGGUGGCUUCACUCUCAGCCAAUCGUACAGAGUGCUCUUGGAGAGGUUUCCCUCAAAUAUUACUGACGAGAGCGGGAGCAAGAAGCAAGACACCAGGGAAUCACAGGUUGGUAAAGAUUCUCGUUCUGACCCCAAAAACGAGAAUACUUCGCCAGUGACGCCCCAGCCGAAACGUCGCAAAAAGAAAGAUUUGACGCCUACGCUGUCCCCGUUUCUCUUUGGCCCGUUUCCUACUCCGACCGCACAUCGUCAAUUCAUUAAUACGCCACCCUCCCAGUCUUUGUCAUCGCAAAAUUCAUCCUCGCCUUGUCAACCGACUUCACCCACGCCACAGCCUCAAUUGAGCCUGAAAAGGAGAUCUACCAAACGAUCAAGACUUCAUCUCUCUGAUCUAUUUAAGCAGCGCCAAGGAUCAAAUUAA